AUGGACUCGAUAGGAAGGGGAGCUGGAGUUUCGCCUUUUGGCACUCCGCGCGGUCCUGGCGCACAUGCUGCCUUGUCGUCUUCAUGGCGUGUCGGUUCACCUCUAGCUGAGGCAGCUCUGGCUGCGGAUCUUGCCGAGUGCUCAGAUGAUGAGUUCGACGACAAUGCGAUUGAUGACGACGUCUCUGUGUCUGACCUCCAGGGUGAUCCCAUCAUGUAUCGUCGGCCCAGCGGUGUUGCUUUCGGAGGUUCACGGCCAAUUAUGAACCCUCAAACCUAUGAUGAGCCAGGCUUGACAGCUUUAGAGAGGAAGCAAUCUCGCAACGCCGAGCGAAGUUUGCUCCGCGACAAUCAUGUUCUUCCUCCAAAGCAUGGAUAUCGUCGUCGAGAUGGCCCCUUCACUCGCAUCUAUCGUCGUCUUUUUAGCACAAAGAUACCACAGGACGAGGAAGGGACACCCGCUGGCACGGCGCCACCUCCUGGCGAAACGGAUCCUCUCUUGGGAUCUCAGACCGACGAAAGUGUGACUGAGCAUCUCAACGACGCCUGGGAAAACGCCGUGGCAGAGCAUCGAAUUAAGACAACUUGGCAACGAGAAGCCAAAACCAUCGUAACCUAUUCAGUGCCGCUCAUCGUCACCUUCCUCCUACAAUACUCUAUCAAUGUCACCAGCAUCUUCGCUGUUGGACGAAUUGGCAAGCUUGAACUUGGUGCUGUUUCUUUGGCCAACAUGACCGCGGCCAUUACUUGUUUGGCUCCGUUCCAAGGCCUUGCCACCUCUCUUGAUACUUUGUGCGCUCAAGCAUACGGAUCUGGUCACAAGCAUCUUGUUGGACUGCAAUUCCAGCGCAUGACCUGCUUCCUUUUUGUUCUUGGCUUCCCUGUGGCUUUGUUGUGGUGGUUUUCUGAAGGUAUUAUUCGGGCCAUCGUCCCCGAGCCCGAAUCAGCUCGACUUGCUGGCAUGUACCUCAGGGUCAUGAUCUUUAGCAUUCCGGGAUUCAUCCUGUUUGAGGGUGGUAAGCGAUUUACCCAAGCUCAGGGUCUCUUCCGUGCUACGACUUAUGUUCUCCUUAUCGUUGCACCUUUCAACGUCUUCCUGAGCUGGCUCUUGGUUUGGAAGCUGCAGUGGGGUUUCAUUGGAGCUCCUACAGCUGUAGCUAUCAGCACCAAUCUUCUCCCUAUAUUCCUUUUCCUGUACGUUCGAUUCGUUAACGGGCGACAAUGCUGGGGCGGUUUCAGCCGACGAGCCCUCAGUAACUGGUGGAUCAUGAUUCGACUUGCUUUACCCGGCAUGAUCAUGGUAGAAGCCGAAUGGCUAGCAUUCGAGAUUCUUACGCUACUCUCAAGUCGAUUCGGACCCGAAUAUCUGGCUGCACAGAGUGUUGUGACUACAAUCACAACGCUCUCGUAUGAGAUCCCCUUCCCUAUGUCUAUCGCUGCUUCGACUCGCAUUGCCAACUUGAUUGGGGCUGGUCUUGUCGAACCAGCCAAGAUGACAGGUGCUGUGGCUUUCGUUGCUGCUUGUGUUAUAGGCAUGUUCAACCUGACUAUUUAUACCACUCUGCGUUACCAAUUACCGCUCUUGUUUACCAAGGACGAAGAUGUCAUCAAGCUUGUUGCUGCAGUCAUGCCCAUUGUGUCUGUCAUGCAAGUGUUUGAUGGUCUCGCAGCAGGUGCCCACGGAUUACUUCGAGGCAUCGGCAAGCAAUCCAUUGGCGGCCCUGCCAACAUUAUCGCCUAUUACGCCCUGUCUCUUCCAUGCUCGCUCAUUUUGGCUUUUGGUUUCGAUUGGAAGCUGAGUGGCUUGUGGGUUGGAGUCACGCUUGGAACAAUCACUGUCGCAUCCAUUGAGUACAUCUAUCUAUUCCGAACCGACUGGCACAAGGCCGCAGACGAGGCCAGAAUCCGAAAUGCUGCGGGUUAG